UCCCUGUUCUGUUGCAUGAAGGAAGGUGCACAUAUUGGUACGUUUAUCUGGAACUGUUGCCUCGCAAGCUUGUUUUGUUUGACACAUAAGAUGCCACGGACAAAGGCAAAUGCAUUAUCUUCUGGUAAGCAAGUUGAACCUCAAAAGCCAAAGGAGCCUGAAAAGCCAGUUGAGUCAGAAGAGAAAGUCGAUCUUGAUGAAGAUGAAGAUCCUGAGGAGGAGGAAGAGAUUGAGUAUGAAGAAGUAGAGGAGGAAGAGGAGGUUGAAGAAAUUGAAGAAGAGGUGGAAGAAGAAGAGGAGGAAAUGGAAGAAGCAGAAGAGGAGGAUACUAAUAAUGAUGAUGGAGCUGAUGCACAGAAAAUCCUUAGUGGUGGUGAGCUGAAGGUUGAAGAUGAGGACGAGAAGAAAAAAUGUGCCGAACUUCUUGCACUCCCUCCGCAUGGUUCUGAAGUGUACAUAGGUGGCAUUCCCCACGAUGCUUUGGAUGAGGAUUUGAGGGCCUUUUGCAAAUCAAUAGGAGAAGUUACAGAGGUUCGAGUUAUGAAAGGAAAAGAUUCAGGUGAGAACAAGGGCUUUGCAUUUGUAACCUUUAGAAGUGCAGAGUUAGCUUCUAAAGCUAUUGAUGAGCUGAACAACACUGAAUUUAAGGGUAAAAAAAUAAAAUGUUCAACAUCUCAAGCAAAGCACCGUCUGUUCAUUGGUAAUGUUCCUAGAAACUGGGGAGAGGAGGAUCUUAGGAAGGUUGUAACUGAGAUUGGGCCUGGAGUUACUGCUGUAGAACUGGUUAAGGAUAUGAAGAACACAAGCAAUAACCGGGGCUUUGCUUUUGUUGACUAUCAUAACCAUGCAUGUGCUGAGUAUUCAAGGCAAAAGAUGACAAGCCCAAAAUUUAAGCUAGGCGAUAAUGCUCCAACUGUGAGCUGGGCUGACCCAAAAAAUGCCGAUUCUUCAGCUGCUUCACAGGUGAAGGCAGUAUAUGUGAAGAAUCUGCCAAAGAAUAUAACCCAGGAGCAGUUAAAGAAGCUAUUUGAACAUCACGGGAAAAUCACAAAAGUGGUUCUGCCACCAGCCAAACCUGGACAGGAAAAAAAUAGAAUUGGUUUUGUACAUUUUGCAGAGAGGUCAAGUGCCAUGAAGGCGGUGAAGAAUACAGAAAAAUACGAACUAGAUGGCCAAGUUUUGGAGUGUUCUCUUGCAAAACCACAGGCAGAUCAAAAGGCUGGAGGAUCAAGUGCUCAGAAGGCAGGAUUGCUUCCAACGUAUCCCCCUCGUGCUGGUUAUGGUUUAGUUGAUGGUACCUUUGGUGGUGCUCUUGGUGCAGGAUAUGGUGCAGCAGGCUUUGCACCGCCCCUGAUCUAUGGGAGGGGACCAACUCCUGCUGGCUUGGCAAUGAUGCCAAUGCUUCUGCCAGAUGGACGGAUUGGAUAUGUUUUGCAACAACCAGGAGCACAACCACAAAUUCCACCUUCACAUCAAAGAAGUGGUAUGAGGGGUGCUGGUGGAAGUGGCAGCAGGAGCGGUGGCAGUUCAAGUAGGGGAAGGCAUGGCAACGAUGGUGGCCAUGGGCGCAGGUAUCGCCCCU